AUGACCUUGACGAGGAUUCUCAUAGACUCGGCAUCACAUCAAAUAGUACAAGACGAAGCCUAUCACGAUCUAUAUGAAUAUGCCAGAAAUAUGCAGUUUGAUGAGUGGUUAGCAUAUAAUUUAUGUGCGCUCUUGACAUUGGACCCCCUUCUCUUGCAAGAGAAACUCGCCUCGACCCAGAGAUUUCUUCCACAAAACAUAACUAUCGGUUGCAACUUCGGACUGAAGACUCGACCUCCCAGCGUUCAGUUUCCGCCCACAACAGUAGUUGCAUCAUGUCAUCAAGAUAGUAUUAAUAGCGGGACACCGUCAAGUGAUAUUCUCUCGGCCCAGAACGUCCCCUCCGUCGAAGCAGGUUCGAACACGAACGUCACCGAUUAUGAUAUGGUGCAGGUUGAUACGCAGGACUACGAAAACAGUCCUUUGUCCACGAUAGAUAUCAUGCCUGACCUGGCACAAGUGGGCGACGGUCAAAUCCUUGACAACUGUCUAGAUUUUCAAGACUUUGAUUGCACCACUACCAUAGGGAACACUAAUCACGAUUGCUCCCCUUUCUCCGGCUUGGCAGCAUCAACUUCGGUCGAUCAUUCAUCACUUCCCGUCUCGUCUAGCGAGUGUUGCCUGUCUAGCCGUAAUAUAGGCGAGUGCAUGCAGACUGACAAUCAUCAUCUGGGGGAUGCCUUUGGGAUGGAGUCAUAUCCCACCCCUGUAUCAAACCCCUCUCAUACUCCGAAGCCAGCGAACCGUGUACAGAAACGUAAACCUCGUAAAGCCACGAGAGGAAAAGCUAUCCAUGAAGAUCGAAACGUGCCAGCGUCAGCACUCACGGCUUUGGCACAGGGUAACCUUUCGAACGAAACCAACUCUCCUCGAUUGGAUCUCCUCAGGUGUCUGGUGAGCGAAGGGUGUCAAGUCACUAAUGGUGAGACGUUGCGUGCGCCCCAUAAAUUAAACGAUGGGAUGUUGCGUACGAUCCAGGAAACAGGCGAUCAGAUAGUCAGGGACACUUGUGCCAUUCUCAAUGUCUGGAGUGAGUGGUUGUUACGAGAGUUCCAACCAGUGUUACUUCCUCCUUAUCACAGUCUUUCCACAAUCGAGAAAUGCGUCGCUGCGUCUCGAAUAUUGGUGGAACCCAAGGAUGGCGGCCAGAGCACAUCCAUACCUCGUCGUCUGGCACAAGUCCUUCUUCACAUAUUCGUUCCAGUUUACGCGAAAGAAUUAAAGAUGAGAGAGCAAAAUGGAGAAACUUUCCACCGAAAAAAUCGCACGACGAUGACAAUGGCCCAUGAUUUUAUAAUAGAAAGGGUCGGCGACCUGAACACACGGGAUCGUGAUAGAGUCGUGAACAGUAAGAACUAUGGCAAGCGAUGGUGGAGACUAGGGAGUGGCAUCGGAAUUAUCUCAGUUCUGACAUGCGCACCAGAUUUAGUGUUUGGUGACAUGGAAGACCGAACAUACACUGAUGAUUUCUUAAAGCUCUUGAUCAACUAUGUGAGAAACGCGUAUCCCAACGCUGUAGCUCACUUCCAGUCUCUUGAUCCUAUUAUUCAAUCCCUUUUUGCUAAUACCUCAUUGCCAACAAAUGUUUCUGUCCGCCGAGACGGUUUGCAUCUGGAAUUUAAUACUCUUCCUGAAAGAGUCCAGUGGUUCAAUACCGAGAAAGCAAUGGAAGCCGCAACGGACAGGUUCCUGCGCGUCUUCAAAUAA